CGUUGCUUCGUAAUCACUUAGUCAUCUGUGGGCAUACGAAACGUUGUAAGCUGAACCUCACUGCUGAUCUAUUGAGAGGAGAUUCUAGGUCCUAGAACUGCGAAAUAACGAGCUUUUAUAAGGCUCGAUUUACAGGAUCCACAACUGUGCCUUUUGUAAUAUUGCUUUAAACCAGCUCGGCUUGCGUUUAUGCAUGUAUCCCGCCGCGUCCGAGCUUCCCUCCGACCCGCGCCACCUCCAUCGCUAGAUACAUAUCCCUCUUAGCUUACACACAUGUCAGUCCUCAAGCUCAACGCCUUCGUCAACCUCCCUCCCCAUCCCCUCUCUUCUGAGCUCUCCUCACCCCGCGGACGACACGCGUACCACACACCUCUUCCUGUUCGAUCUGUGGCGCGGUCAGUCCGGCCGGAUUCCCGGGGAGCUUAAGUUGGGAGCCGUAGCAACUCUCCCGACCUACUGGUUCUUAAAAAGCACCACCCCCAUUUCCAAACCAGAAGCACCUCUUUCCUCCCUCCUCUACACCGAACUCAACUCGAUCGAGAAAGAAGGCUCCCGCAGUCCGGCUUCUGAAUGCUACCCACGGAAAUCUCAUCAAACACGAUGCCGCAGUCGGACCUACCAUCGAAUCUAACACCACCUACUUCUCCCAACAUGUUCCCAAUGCUGGACCUCCCAACAGAAUUGAUUUUCAUCAUCGUCUCUUUCCUGGACUCCGAGGAAGUCGUCUCCUUCUCCGUAACUUGCAAGGCGCUCUACCGGCUCCUCUACGAGCUCUGGCCCUGUCACUUCCAGAACGGCAACCGCCUGAUGGGAUCAGCGCCGUUGGACCUGAUAAGAUUCUUAGAGCUCCUGGGGACCGACCUUCCCGACCGUUUUAUGUGCUACCGGUGCGUGAAGCUCCACAACCAUCGAAGCCUCAUCAAGGGGGAUCAGUGCACUCGGAACCCCUCUAUCAUUCUGCCCAGCGGCCGUCGCGACCCGGGCCACGGGGGAACGAUGACCUUUGGCGCGCUGUGGCCGCAAUACGCCUUCCAUCGCUACGAAGCUCGCGACAUCGUUCUGUGUAACCGUUAUAUGGCCGGAGCUAAUCCUCUACUUCCCUACUUCGCAAUAUCCACGAACUGGAAGCUCGCUAGGCUGGGCAGCGCCUGUAGCAACCCGGACUUCAUCCACGGCUACGUCAAACUAGACACCGAGGCGGUGGUUUCCGAAGGUUCUCUGUUCCUCCACAAAAUCCAGCGGACGUGGAUGUCCCCCGACAGGGUGAAGCCGUUCCUCAAGGUUAACGCCAACGUCACCAUGAAGCAGGUGUUCGCCUCCUGCUGCCACGGGACCAAGCUACGGCACGCCUUCUCGCCCGCCCUGCACCUCGUGGACUGGGACCGCUUCGACGGGAUGUCGGUCCGGGACACGAUCUCGGAGUUCCAGCUGAUGACGCAGAGAGACGGCCGCUACCAGAAGCCGUCCGGCCCGGACGGCUGGGAGACGGAGUCCCCGUGGCACUGGCCCCACGUCCUCGGCGGCUGCCGCUGCUGCCGCACGGACUACGCGGUGACGAUACACAACCACGGCCGCGCCGGCGUCGAGCUCGUCCUCGACGUCUUCCAGGACCUCGGGUUCUGCGACCUCAAAUACUGCAACCGGUGGUCCUUCUGCUGGGGCACCCUGUACCUGGAAUACUCGAGCUCGAUCCAGAGGCGCCGCGAAUUCCCCCCCGUCUCCCACCGCCUGUUCCCCACCGUCCCCGGCAAGAGCGCCAGAGACCACCCGUCAGCGCCGACCGCCGAGGACGUGUGGGAGCUGCCCACACACGAACGAGCGGCGAGACUUGCCAAGUGGUCGCCGGAUACGUAGGAGAGGCGGAAAAGGCGGCCUUGGUGGGGCCGAUGCGGUAUUGGGGAUCGACGUCCGUGACGCUAGGUCGGCUACGCAGCGUGUCGGUUGUGAUACCGUGCACUCGCUGACCUUGUAGUCGGACAGAAGGGGAGGAAAAGAAGAAGUCUGUCCUCGGAUAAUUUGGCACUUCACGUCGUCUCAACUCUGCUCUGCUCCGCACGGGUGUGAUGUACAUUCCCCGGCAGCGAGCUCAGCCAUAGUCAAUGAGUUAUGUAUAAGUUAUGACGCUCUAUACAAAGAACCAACAGUCAGCUAAACGUAUC